CGCAAAUAUUCAGAACAAAGAAAUAUUUAAUAUUGACAGUGAAAAUUUUGUGUAUACUCGGCAAUAUUAUAUUUUCUUCACGAAAACCACAAUGGAUCUUCCUUUACCGAGCGUCCCUACUCCGCCAGGCUUGGCAGCGAUAUAUUCAACUUUACGCAAAGCAUAUCCUGAGCAGUCGAAUCCACUUCAAGUGACAGCGCUCGUAAAGUAUUGGUAGGUUUUAUUAUGCUAUCAAUUUAUACAGCCGUAUUUUAUGGCAAUCAAGACUAGUAUUACCUGGCUUUGGGCGUUUGCCUGAAUUCAGAAAUACAUAGAAUUCUCUGAUAAACCAAUAUUCAAAUAAAUGUUCUUAAAAAGAAAUGAAUGAAUGAAUCAUGAUCACUCAAUCAUGAAUGUUUUUACGGAGGAAGGGUUGUAUAAACUCAAUCAUGAAUGUUUUUACGGAGGAAGGGUUGUAUAAAUGAUUAUUUGCGCAUUUGUGUUCCUGAUGUGUGUCUCAUCUCUCUACAUGGUGAAAGUCCAUUAUAUUCAUUGAUAUCAAUAUUGUGCAGGUUUCCCGACCCCCCUCCCCCCCCCCCUCCAAGAUUUUACCAUGUAUACUAUCAAUGCAAAAACUGAACUCUUACCAUAUUAUUGGUUAUUAUAUUCCCAUAUGGUAAAUUGGUAAAAACCAUAAUGUUUAGUAUUUAACACUAAGGCCACUAUUUGUUGCAUAUUAGUUUCUCCCCACCCCACAUGACUUUUUAGGCACCCACCUCGAUGGCCAUUAUUACCAUUUUUGACCAUUACAAUUGAAGCGCAAAGAGCAACACAUUGCUUUACAUUUUAAUAUUGUACUGGAAAUCAAUGAAAAUUUUAAACAGAAAAUGUACUUAACACUGCACUUAGAGUGCAACCUACCUGAUACUCAGAUUCUUCACGUCAACUCCCAUCACAACCUGCUUUGGGAAGGAAUGUCUUGCUGCUAAUGGUUUUAGGGGAAGGGCACUGGGAGAAGUGAAUGUAAAGUUCCUGAGUAUUGGGUUUCUUAUAAUUAAGAAUGAUUCUCAGAUUUUGUCCAAAAUGAUGAAAAAAAUGGAAGGAGAAUUUUGUAGCACUACAAUUGACCUGUGAUAAUAUUAUAGACCUGUCACCUGUGAUAAUAAUAUAACAGACUGUGUGGUAGUGAACACAGGCUUACUGUGUGGUAUUGUAGUAACAAGAGACAAGGUCAUGGUGUAUUCGGGAUAUCUGAAUAGCUAGGAGGGUCCUAGGGUUUCCUAGGGCAUGUUGCCAGAUUGUCCAUUUCAUGCUUUUCAGAGGGACAUUUGGUUUGUUUUUGCCUUAAAUAUCUGUAUGGGCACUUAAUAAAAAAUUAUAACUCAUUUUCAUAUAUUAGCUUGAAAACUCUAUUUUUCAUUUUAAGUUUUAGAACUUAGAACUGCCCAUUUUGGACAAUCCAACACAGAAAAAUCAUGAAUGGGAGGCCCUUAGGAUGACCCCUGCCAUAUUGUAGCUUUAAAGGCCUCAUCCAGUUAAUGUAUUCUUCCCACUGGACAGGUUAGGUGGUCCAGAUCCUCUGGAUUUCAUCAGCAUGUUCUCCAAUCCUGGCAAUCCUCUGCAUGGCAUUCCUCCUCACUGGCACUAUGUAAGCUCUGGUCUCUCAGAUUUACAUGGAGAUGGCAGAAUACACGAGUAAGUACCACUGAACGGAAGUCCUUUUCUCCGUGAUGCACCACCGUAAUUAUUGGACUGCGACAUCAUCGGUUUCCUUUAUAACGAGGAAUGCAAACAGAACACAAUUUGGAACUUUCUUGAAACGAAAAGGAACCGAAACGUCGUUCGGAACGCGUUCGAAAUUGUUCUAAGCCUAAGGGCGCAUUUGAUGCGCAAAUAUAGGACGCGUCUUUACACCAUUCAAUGGCAUCACCAUAGCAUAUUUACGUGUACACGAUCUUGUGAUUAGGUACUGGACUCUGUAGCUAAGUGCUCAGAGCGUUGCACCGGAAUCGCAGAGGCACAGGCCUUAUUAGCAGCUAUUCCCUAAAAUAUCUCUGAGGAGUACUGCGAUUGUAUUAGUGCAAUUUUAAUACAGAAUUUGCGCUGUAUAAAGUGGUUUAACCAUUAACACAUUGUGUUCAUUUUGCGUAGGUUUCGAGGUGCCCAUGGUUUAAGCGGUUAUGGCUUCGAGCUAACCUUCAGACUAAAGAAAGAACCGGGACAAAUGAUGCCACCAUCUUGGCCAGCUGAACUGAUGCAAGAAUUGGCAAAAUACGUUUUCCGCACAAGUAAGGCUUUGUUCACAAGAUAUCGGCUGAAUAAAGUGAAUUUAUGAACCGUUGUCAAAUUGAACGAUUUCGUCUUGUAAAAAUCUCACAGCUUGUCGACAAAAUGUGUUCGCACUGCUUGUUCACAGUUGUUGACAAGUCUGGAACAAGUUGUUAUCAUCUUGUAACAAGGUAGAUGAGGCCAACAGACUCGCAACAAGUUGUUCCAACAAGUCUGAUAUGGUCUGCGGCUCUGCGCGUUGCAAGUUGUUACCAAGUCGAUGACAACAAGCUCGCAGCAACUUGUUACGAACAGCCUGUACCCAGCGGGCAAAAUGACGUUUAUCCAACGUUGAGUCAACGUUGGAAAUGACCUUCCAGACGUUGGAGAGACGUUGAAAAAGGGUUGACUAUGCAAAUUGGAUCCACGUUACUGUUUCGACGUUGAAACAACGUUGAAAUUAGGUUGCCAAUCUCGUCAACCAUAAUUCAACGUUGAAUCCAGGUUAAAACAACGUUGAGAUUGGUUCACAAAUAGACGUCGUACAUUUAACCAUGAAUGAACGUUAAUUCAACGUCUGUUGGCUGCUGUUGAACCAAUGUUUGUAAAACAACGUCAGAGCAACGUAGAUAUUAGGUUGUCGACGUCGCAACCUUUUUUCUACCAAAUUUCAACGUUGAAACAACGUCGUGUGCCCGGUGGGUAUUAGUCAUGUUGGAACAACUUGCAGCAAGUCUGUUACUGUCAUCAUGUAACAAGGUGAUAACAACUUGUUCCAGACUUGACACAACAAGUGGGACAAGCAGUGCGAACACAUCCUGAUAUUGUCUUGACAACAACCUUGUUACAUCUUGUUCGCAGAUCUGUAACAAUUUGCGCGUUUUUUUACGUAAAAACGUACCGAAAUUGUAACAAACCUGCAGCAGACUUGUACCAACGCUGUUGCAACAACUUGUUAUCAGAAUGUGUUCGCGCUUGUUCCGAGUUUGUCGACAACUUGCUACAGUAUGUACACGGGCGUCAGUGUGGAUUAUAACGGUCGGCAAUCGGCUAUUUGCCGAACAAAAACACCAAAUGGCCGAUCAAUUUCAUUCUGCACGGACAUUUUGUCCGAUCAAAUAAAAUACACCACACUGUUCAUUUAAAUUGAAGGUAGUUUAUGUGAAAAGUACUGUUUGAAAAGCAUCUAACUAUGCCUACGAUACCAUGCAAUCAAUAAAUAUUUUGAUGAAAAAAUCGCUCAGAGGAAACAUUGUCAUUGAGCUUCUCUUUUAGCAAAUACUCUCUCAAGUGACCGAAUCUCGAUAGUUACAGUCCAUAGCCGGCGGCGUUUACAAUACUACUUACAAAAAUAUGUUUCAUUUCUAUAAGCCGUAGGCCUAGCUAUAUAUUAGUAAAUACCUUUAUUUCCUAAAGAAACACAAACAAAGUGAAGGCGCGGAGGACGUUGCUAGUUGGCGUACGCCAAGCUUUUUUCUGCAUGCAAAUGUGCAAUCAAUAAUGGUACGUCGAUCUGUAGCACUGUCACGUAAAAAUGGUUGAAAUAGUUGGCUGAUCAUUCUUGGCCAAUGUCCGAGCAACAGUCUCGUUAAUCGGACAUUUGUCAGACCUAAGCAAAAACGUUAUAAUCCACGCUGACGGGCGUUGAUUCUGCGUUGUUCCAACGACAUGUUAUCGCCUGCAGUUCAACAACUUGUUAAAUACUCUAAUAUUCUGAUAAUUCUAAUAAUAUGACUCUCGUGCUUUGUUUCUAGAUAACACUUUACAAAUUGGUGACCAUGUGUCAUGGAACAUCCCGUUAGAUCGCACGCAUUCUCGACUCCAGUUUCACAACAGUUCAAACAUAAGACAGAUAUUACUGGCUGAAGAUCCGCAGCUUACGAAAACGCAGUCAAGUCUGGGAACACUAAAUUUUGUACAGGUUCGUAUUGGUAGAUUCGAUAGCGAUAUAAAAUCACGGAGAUGUUGAUUACAUCGUCAAGGCUAUUGGCCAUACGGAACUUUUUUGCACAAGAAGUAGCGUAGCCAGGCGGGGGGGGGGGGGGCUUUGCUCCUCCAAAGAUUUCCAGAACUGUUCUUUUGAAAAGUGAAAUCUGUGCAGAAAAGGGGGGAAUAUGAUUUGUCUCAGAAUGCGUCUCAAUGCUGUUCUAGAAACCAUAGAAAUUAAAAAUUUCUCCAGAGAAGCAUACCCCCGCUCACUUAGGAUUCUCGUGGUUUGCCCACUAUGUCUAUGGACAACAUGCCUUGGAAACAAUGUUUCCUAUAAAGUGUUACCAAUCUUUAUCCGUUUUCAAUUUUGCGACGAUAUUGCAUUACAGAUUGUGGGAAUUUGCGACGAGGAAUUACAUGCCGCUCAACAAUGGAACGGGUUUUCCACGUUAGAACUUCUACGACGAAUUCCGUAGUAAGUGAUUUUAGGACAUGUUCAUUUGUGAUAAUUUCUAUUGAGUAUGCAAGAGAAGAGGUCUUAAUAAAUAAACUGUUCAAUUCGUAGUAAUCUUUCAAUGAUGCUCCUUUUUCAGUGCAGGAGGGCCUUGGUUGAUAACGGACAUGGAAAGAAUGGAAAGCAUUUUUGAACUGGAACCGUCUUUGCAGGUGCGUAUCAUUCCUGUGAAGCGAGGAUGAAAGUGCUGAUGAGAGUUUGGCAGUCAUGCGACCAUGGUUAGCUGUUCUUAAUGAUUUCCCAACACUAUCGUCAGAAACUCUUAUCAACUCUCAUCCGCGUUUGAUCGAGGCUUUAUAGUCAGUGGCCAGGAGGACAUUAUCGAUUUUAUUUCAACAGCACAUUCUCUUGUACAGUAAAUUCGGUAUAAACAGAUGUAUGUUCUUUAAUUACAUGUCAGGGGAGGAGCUUUUUAGGACCUCGUGCAAGCCAGUGCGGCCGCAAAUGUUAGCAAAACCGGCGCAAAAAUAUCGACUUGGUGGCGUGCCUUGGUACAUUUGUAAGAGCUACUUCAUGUACAUUACGUACUGCAACUUUUAUUUCUUGACUGCAUCCCGGCGAGUAGAAUGGCGUGUUCAUACGGGGGCAGCUUUUUCCGCAGCCUUUCACGAACGUACAUAAAUACAAUUUUUCUGGUCGACAGCAAAGACAAAGUUAACAUUAGUAAAUGAAUAUCGCUGUAUUUUUCAGGAAGAAGUAACUCGAGGACUGGAACGCGAAGGUUCAACCUUGAGCGGUGUGAAUGCAAAAUGCUAUUGGGAAGAAUUGAAAGACAGGGGCAGUUCAAAUGAUACGAACUACAAUAAUUCAUCAUCUAUCAUACAACCUCCACGAAUGAUUGAUGCUACGAGAAAUCAAAACUUUAAUAAAUUCUCAAUUCUUCCUCCGAUUGAUGCGAGUAAUAUGUCGAGACAACAUUAUAAAGGAGAAGCGACAAUGGAUCGAAGUUCGGCGUGUAGUUCUGCGACGAGUGAGAUCAGCCGAACUCGUUCAUGUCGUGGUGUUUGUGUCAGGUUGAAUAUAGAGGCCGCAAGCCUGUUGCCACUUGCUUUCAGGUUAGUGUGAAGGUUAAUGUUUGGUUUCUACUGCAUCUGAAAAUUAAAAGCCGAUGGUAACGGUGAUGAUGGUAGGCAAUGGUAAUGUGAUGGUGACGAUGAUUGUAAUGGUGAUGACGGUACUGGUGGUAAUGGCAAUGGUGGUGAUGACGGGCAUAAACACGCAUUGGGUCUGUUCAUCCAUUUCAUGUUCCCUGAUUAACAAAUCAGGAUUUGUUUUUUAGAGGUCGUUUAAGACAUGGCGGACACUUCACAUUUCAAAGUUCCAACACAGACAUUGCAAUCACACUAGUGUCUGCCUCUGUUACUGGAUCUAUAGCCACCAAAGAACAUCCUUAUUCCGCGUGUGGCAAUUGGUUACAGGUAAGUUCCGACAUUUAUCCCUCAUUUGCCCCUUUGGAACUCCAGUAUCUUUCUGAAUUUGAGUAGGUUUUUACAAUUGUUCAUCUCGCUGCUUGUGUUAUCUGAUGUUUUUACUGAUCUAAAAUAGUCUACUUAAUUAGCUUUUUGUAGGUGACGAAUUAAUCGGAAAACUUGAAAAAGAUCUUGAUGAACUCGCGCAUCCAGAGGAGGUAAAUAACAACUAUUAUCAAACUAAACUAACAUAAUAUUAUUGAUCUGAUAUACUGUAUGUCCUACACCAGUUUGUACGUCCUAAGCCAAUCCAUUAUUACAGAUGCUUAUGCAUGGCAGAACAGUUUAGAAUCGUUAGGGCUAUCAAGUAAAAGUAAACAAAACACAACCGUUGCGGAGUUUUGAAAAUCUUUGAGGCAUGAGUAAUUGUACUUUUUGUAUGUUUUGCUUGCAGGUUUCGCUACCUCGGGAGUACACCUGGCCCGAAGCCAAUUUGAAAAUAGUCGUUUUGCCGGAUGAACAACCCUAGUAGUUGUGACAACGUCAACGUUGGGAAAAUAGCGUUUCAUCAGGUCCACUAUAUUUAGUGAGUUUGGGAAAUACAACGGCAAUGUCAUGAAGACGUGUUCAUCAACAAUAGCAUUUUUACUCCAAGACAAAAGGCAGCUAUAAAUUGUGUUCCUUGAGCAUUACUAGUAGGCCGUAGUUGCAUGUUCAAACAUGCAUGUACCCUUAAUAUUUACAUAAGAAAAAGAUAAAAACUUUUAAGUCAUUAAAGUGCCUAUAUCAUGGUUUUGGAGUUUGCAUAUCUCGAAAGUUUAGGGUAUUUUAAGACACUUUGCAAUAUAUUUAGCCUGCGGGCAGCCCCAUACCACGUAAACGAGGGAAGGUAGUACGUGGUAUGGGGCUGCCCGCAGGCUACAAUAUAUUUUGUUAUUGAAAAAUUUCAUCUUGAUGGAUUUACUAGCUCUUAAAAUUACCGGACAUGACGUCAAAAGGAGAAUUGCAAAUCAGUUUUCCUUUGUAUCAUUGCAACAAAAUUCUCCUUUUGACGUCAUGUCCGGUAACUUUAAGAGCUAAUAAAUCCAUCAAGAUGAAAUUUUUCAAUAACAAAAUAUAUUGCAAAGUGUCUUAAAAUACCCUAAACUUUCGGGAUAUGCAAACACUACAACCAUGAUAUAGGCACUUUAAUACUAAGAGGCAAAUAAAGUUUUAGUAAUGCGUACUUUCCCUCGAAGACAGAAAUGUCAAGUAAUUUUUUUUAACAAACUCGCCAAUGACAGGAUGAAAAUCCUUUACCGGUUUCAGUACGCUUAACAGGGCUUUCAAAAUAAGCCGGUGGCCGCCGGAUCUAAGAUGCAUGGCCAUGGUACAGUGAAACUAAUGUUAUUCCAAAAAAAAUGAUGUAGAGUUUAAUGUUUUUAUUCCAUAUCACAUUCACAUAACCGUUUUAUUAUUAGCAUGUGCCAAAGGAAAACUUAUUAUAAAUGUUGUAAAAAUGUACUAGAAAUUUUAAAUGUGUAAAUAAAAUGCUUUCGCAAUUUUUAAAAGUCUGGAUAAUAUUGCGUACGUUUCAAUCUUUGCGCCAGUUUCAAGUGGUACGUUUCAAUCUCGACGUAGCUAGCCCCUUGCCUAUUUUGCGCCAGUUUCAUGUGUCGAUUAUAACGCUAAAUAAAGGCCAUGACACGCUGCGAUUCUGUGCAUGCAAGGUUGGUCACUAAUUAUGGCGUAAUUGGGAUCAUGUGAUAUUGGAUUCAUCCUCAACUAGAGUUUAUUGAAAAUGUGGAUAUUAUGAAGUCUAAAAGAUUUGAAAGACUGGUUAUUACGAGGUUAUUAUUAUAACCCAUAAUGUCAAAAAAGGCAAGUAGUAUGAGUUAAAUAUUUUUAAAAAUAACAUGCAUGUCUAAUUAUAAUCCCGUAUAAUUUAUUUACCUUUGUAUAAGUCCAUCUAGUUAGAUACACACCUAGCCUGAGUAUCAGCCCCUCGGUAUUGAGACACACACCCAGAGGAGGAGAUUUGAUGGUCGUUGUUGAAGGCUCAGUGUCACCUGUUGAGCAAUAUUAUUUAAUUGCUAAAAUUUACUGCUGAGCAUGCGCACAUGGUCCAGUUUGAAAAAGUUCGUGUAGAAAAUCAAUAAGUUAAGCCUUAAAUAACAUCGCUCAACAGGUGACACUGAGCCUCUAAACUGGAAGGGGAACGACGUCAGAGAGGUUUUCAAGAUGGCGGCUAUUUUUUAAAAUCAUUAAAACAUGAAAGAAUCAACAACCAUAUAUGCACUUAUAACAAUCCUAAACCCGCAUAAACCUUACUCUAAACCUUACCCUGAACCCAAUCCCAACUCUACAAGCAAGCGAACCUCGAGUUUACCUUGAAAACAUCCCUCUUAGUCUUAUCUAUCCCUUUUUAGUCAUUACCGAAACUUGACAUGCCAUUCAAGGUGCUGUUUAUAUGGGAGAUGGGCUGGCUAGGCCGCGGGAUAUGAGCGUAUAGGUACUAACCCAUUGAUAGUUUGAAUACUUCUCUGGAAAAGGAUUAAAACUAACCCGUGGGGUUUUCAACAAAUUAACCCGAGUUCGUUCAAUGAUGCUCAUAUAAACAGCUCUUGAGGUUUCAUUAUCUGCUUCCAAACGUUUUAUAAAUAAAUCUGUUACUUUCGAUAUCAUUUAACUUUUUCAAUGGCACUUAAACCGAAUAUACAUGUCACUUUCAUAUUAAUCCAACCUCGUACCCAGGCUACUUUCUGCAUUUUACUAUCCUGAUUAUUUGUAGUCAUGUGGUUUGGUAAAGAUGGCUGAACCACUGGUGAAUCCAAGGAUGAUUGUUGUACAAUAUUAUUGAAGUACGUUUACUGAAAUUCAGGUUUUCGCAGUUGUUUUGACUGCUGUGUAAAGACUUCAUAAACAUUUUUGUACAUUCUUUAAACUUCUGCACAAUUUCAGCUAACUUUUCACUAAUUACAAUGUUUCGAACUUGGUAUGGAACUAUGCAAUUGUGCCCCUCGUAGUUUCACGAUAGUACGAUACUGAAUGAAAAACCUUUUUACAAAGCUACAGCUUUGUAAAAAGAAAAGGUUUUUCAAUAAUUGUUUUUGUUUGUGGAAACACCACGUAAAUUUAUUACUGCAAGAAAUUUAUUACUGAAAAGGUUUCUUAUCGCACCCUAGAUUUGAGCAGAGGUCAUGAAGUUGAGAAAACUCUCAUUCAAACUCUCGCUUGCCAACUCUUAUCUACUCUUAUCCUCAAGGUCAAGGACGUAGUAAUAUUUGCAUGUUGCAAUACUCAUAAAGUCAAAUAAUAAAGCAAUGCCAGGACGAUAGCCCUAGGUACGAGGUUGCAUAUCAUUAUGAUUUUUAAUUUCUGAAACUGAUUAGAAUUUCUUUCACUAAAUAAUUAAAAUUCUGGGACUAUUUUCCCUAAGUAGUAUAUUUCCGGUAUUUAAUACCUCUCUCUAGAAAAUUUCUUAGGAAUUCAUUUCAACUUCCAUGCGUUGGCAUUCUUUUUCUGGUAUAAACCAAAAUUUCAGGAACUCGUAUGAUGACCAACAGAUAGCACACGAAGGAGCCUGGUACAGAACUCUUGCUUGCAGCCCCUGGAAGUAACCACGAAACCCCUGCAGCUUGUAGAUAGUCCUUACUGCAUCUAUCAUGCCCGACACUAAAGGAUGUUUAUGUCCCUGGUUCAUGAUAGCCCCAACAGCAUUUUGUUCCUGGGUGUUAAGUAAAGUCUUUGCAACGUCAAGCGGAGUGGUAACCGCUGCGGCAAGCGCGCCUGCGGUACCGCCUGCAAUCAGGUGUGUCUUUGGGUCAUAAUUAUGUUGCGGGUUUAACCAUUCCCGCAUAAAUUCGUACACGACAAAGUGUAAACUUUGAAAUGGAAUGUUCAUUGUUACUUGGGUAGUGUAGCUACGAUAGAAUGCAGUGAUGCGCUCUGUUUUCCACACAUGUCUUGUACAGUCUAGGACUCCUCGAUACGGACUGUUAUAGAUCUGCAUUCUCUGUUUG